AUGGCGGCCAUGAGGAUACUCGCCUGCGUCGCGGCCGCGUCAGCGCUGCAAGCGCCCGCACAAACGAGGAGGCCAGCGACGAAGCUGCAGGCGCUGGGCGUCGUCGAGGGCCUAGGGGCGCUGGCCGUCGGCGGCGGCCUCGCCGUGCUCCUCGCCGAGGACAACCGGGACAUCGACGACAAGACGGAGGUCGAGCGCUACUUUAACGGCGAGGAGGGCUUCGGGCGGUGGAACAAGAUCUACUCCGAGUCGGAUGAUGUCAAUGGUGUCCAGCAGGAAAUCCGCGACGGCCACGCGCAGACCAUUGAUAAGGUGCUGAGCUGGGCCGAGGCCGACGGGAGGACGGUCUGCGACCUGGGCUGCGGCGUGGGCUCGCUGGCCAUCCCGCUAGCCCAGAAGGGCGCGACCGUGUCGGCCUCGGACAUCUCGAACGCCAUGGCCACCGAAGCGUCGAAGCGCGCGGCGGCCGCGGGUAUCACCACGGCGACGUUCGAGACUUCAGACAUGGAGAAUGUCAAUGGAGAGUACGACACGGUCUCCUGUAUUGAUGUGAUGAUCCACUACCCCACGGACAAGAUGGUUGGGUUGGUCGACAAGCUCUGCGCGCUCUCGAAGGACAAGAUCUACGUGUCCUUCGCUCCCAAAACGCCGCAGCUCGCCGUGCUCAAGAAGGUCGGUAGCUUGUUCCCGGGCCCGUCCAAGGCCACGCGCGCGUACCUGCACAAGGAGGAGGACGUCGUCGCGGCGCUCGCGAAGAACGGCUUCAAGGUCGACCGCUCGCACCUGACGUCGCAGAACUUCUACUUCUCGCUUUUGUUGGAGGCGACGGCGACGGCGUAAGUUUCGUAUACUAAGUUAUUCGGCGGGCGAUACUUUCCCCGACCGAUGCGGGCGCCGCGCCGGCGACGCCGACAAGUUAUGCCCAUGGAUCAGCACGCAGGCCUUCGCGCGCCGCGUGUGCUCCGUGACGAAGUUCGCGGGCCGCGCCGAGAAGCGCCCACACUGCGAGAAGCUGUCGUGGACGCGGCAGGACAUCGUCACGUCGAGGACCUGGAUCCGCAGGUUCGGCGUGUUGCGCUGGGCGAUCCAGAGCGACGGCUGGUCGACGCUGACCUUCUUCGCGUAGCCGAGGUCGUAGACGCGGCGCCAAUUCCGCAAUAACUCCUGCACCUCCGCGUCGAAGGGUCGAUACACAAUAAACCCGGCGUUCGCGACCGCAGUACGGCGGCUACUGCGCCUACGCAGUCUCGAAGGGCAAGCUCGUGACGGUGGAUCCGGACGUCUACGUCGUGCUCGACGAGAAGCUCUUCCUCUUCUCGAACGCCGAGGCGCGGACGGCGUUCGAGAACGAGGAGCCGGGCAUCGUUCAGGUGGCCGACGGCAAGUGGGCGGAGCUCGAGAGCGAGCGGGCCCAGAAGAAGGGCUGCUUCAGCUGCUUCUGAGGCGCGUGCCCCGCCCUCGAUCGAUCGAGACCCUUCCCAUCUGGCAAGUAAAGACUACGCCUCCUUAGUAAA